AUGGUUGAAGCAACCAACAAUGUGGACACUGGGACCUCCGAUGCACCAAGCGUUCACGACGGUCACUCCCUCGCGGUGCUGGCACACGCGCUCGAGCCAACGCGCAAGUUGGACGAUACGCCAAAGGAAGUAUACGACAACCGCGUCAAAAGUCUCAAGACAGUGGGCAAGCAGUUCGACGAGUGCUUGACGAAGGGUACGCGCGCGGAGCGUGUGCAAAAGGUCGAAGACAUCUACCUGUACAUGUACGAGCAAGAAGGUGAAAAGGGCUUUAGCGAACGCAAGGAGUCUCUACGCAAAACGCCGCUCUACCUCCUUCUCCACGCUGACCGGUACGACCCGCCCAAGACGCAACCGAACGGCGCCGAAGUGAACCAGGCAACGGACGUUGUACUCGGCAAGUUUGAGAUGAACGACAUCAAGACCCGCAAGAAGAAGCUCCUCGACCACCCGGUGAUGCGCGUCGUCAUCACACUCAAGUGGCGG